AUCCUAGCUUGCCACCAAAGUACUGGGGCGCAUGGCAAAGCGCUAAGUGCCGUCGACUGCCGUGUUCAUUAGAUACAGUUUUCACUUAUGGUGGCCUCGCGUCGAUCAAUGAGAGAAGACGGAGGGAAAGGAAAAAAGCGAGAAUGUUGUUCUCAUGUGUAGGAUAAUGAAGAAGAGGUUGCGCGUUCUGUUGGUGUGUCUUGCUGUCGCUUGUGUGUGUUGCUUCCUCAGUUGUCAUGUCCAUUGUUCAGAGCAGACCUCUAUGGCACCAGUGCUGCCUCCACAAGACAGCAGCCUGCAGGGGGAGUCGAAGGAGGAGCAGGCUGACAAGGUAGAGGUUUGUUGGGGUGCCAACAUCCGGUCCUCCUAUGAUGUGGGGCUGGCCAAAGAGCAGGCUUCUCUACAAAAGCUUGUACCACAGGAUUCCUCAGGCACGGAAGAGCACGGAGGUACAGGCAAGGAACAGGUUGUGAGAGCUGAGGAGUCUGUUGCGGCCAUAAAGACAGAACCAGUGUCCGAGUCUGAGAGAAGCCCUACAGUGAAUCUGGAACCAGAGCCUGAUCCUAGCCAGAUGAAGUUUACCAGUGACACAGUUGCAACCAUGCCAGAGAGCACAGUCAGUACCCCUGAGGAUAUCUUCAGCUCACCUACUGUGCAGGAAUCUUCCAUAACUCCCACUAGUGUGGUGGAGGUUCCCAGUCCAGAUACUCCUGUGACUGACUCCACUGGUCCAGACCAGUCAGCCACAGACUGUGAGGCAGGGGACUCUGCUUUGUUUGCCAGAACACAACCCAGCCUACCAGUGGAUCCUACCACAGAGAAUUACCCCAGUGACCCAGUGACCGUAGGACAGCAGACCAACAGUGAUGUAAGCCCAUUGCUUGGUCGCACGGAUGAAAAUACAACGAGACGGGACCACGGUGGAAACACCUCCCACACAGUGAAGGAAGGGACCAUUGAUGCUACCUUGGGCAAGGAUGUCGAUCCAUCUGUCCCAAACAAGGACCAUGGGGAUAUCCCUACCUUUGAUGAAUGGAAAAAGAAGAUGAUGGAGGUAGAGAAGGAGAAAAGCCUCUCAACUCAUUCGUCCUCCACUGGGAGCCCAGUUGCUGUGAAGAAGGUGCAGAAGAACUUAAACAAUUAUGCCUCAGUGGAAUGUGGGGCUAAAAUCCUUUCAGCGAACAUAGAGGCUAAGAGCACAUCAGCAAUUCUCAUGGAGAAUAUGGACUUGUAUAUGCUAAACCCCUGCAGCAACAAGAUCUGGUUUGUCAUUGAGCUCUGUGAGCCCAUUCAAGUUAAACAGCUGGACAUUGCUAAUUUUGAGCUUUUCUCCUCUACCCCAAAAGACUUCCUGGUCUCCAUCAGUGACAGAUAUCCGACCAACAAAUGGGUGAAACUGGGCACAUUCCAUGCCCGCGAUGAGCGAACAGUGCAGAGCUUCCCGCUGGAUGAGCACCUAUAUGCCAAAUAUGUGAAGAUGUUCAUCAAGUACGUAAAGGUUGAACUGGUUUCCCACUUUGGAUCUGAGCACUUCUGCCCCCUAAGCCUCAUCAGGGUAUUUGGAACUAGUAUGGUGGAAGAAUAUGAGGAGAUAGCAGAGUCUCAGUAUCCUCCAGAGAGGCUGGAGUAUCUGGAUGAAGAUUACGAUUACCCGGUCGGCUAUACACCAUUGGAAGAUAAAUCUUCAAAAAAUCUCAUAGGCUCUGCCACAAAUGCCAUCCUGAGCAUGGUCAACAACAUAGCAGCCAAUGUCCUGGGGGCCAAGAAGGAACUGGAAGAAGGCAUUGAGGGAGAAGCCAACAAUUUUACAGAGGACCAGAACGUGACAGAGACCACCACGGUGUCCCAACUUAGCUCUGUGCCAGCUUCAACCCCAGUGUUGGAGACAGUAGAGCCAGAUCCAUUUCCUUUUACAGAGAAACUUGAGGCCACGCUCCCAGAAACCCAUAUACCGCUUCCCUCCGAGGGCAGCCAGAUAGUCACUCUAGUGCAAGAGGAAGAAGAUCCAAGCCCGUCUCCUAUUAUUUUGCUGGAGGGAGAAGAUGAUGGGGUGGUUGUGGACCCUGAGGAGAACCAGCAACUUGAUGUGAAGCAGGUGGAGAGCUCUGUGUACUGUGGGGAGCUCUCCAGUGUUUCCUGCAUUGCAUCCCUCCAGGAAUAUCUCUAUUGGUGGUGCUCCUCUGCACUCUCUGUGCAGAGGCAGCGUUGGAUGCCCAAGAGUGUGCGAGAAACGGAGACGGACCUCAGUGUCGCAACGCACCUGCUAGUAUCAGCACCCACACAACCAGUGGAGCUACUGACUCCUAUGGAGUCACCUACUGAGAAGGAGCUUAUCCCUACCCAGAGUGAGCCAAACGGAAUGCACAGCCCCACUCCUCCUGCAGAACCCUUGGAGCCCAUGCAACUAGAGCCCAGCCAGUCUGUCUCUAUACCGCUGCAAAGCUUCACCGACCCCAGUGGCACUCAGGAGGUCAAGACCUCCGCAAAGGAAAUGUUGGAGCAGGAUCAUGUAAACUUGGCGACAGUCCCAGAAAUGCAAGAGGAAGAAAAGAGAGAGGUUCCUACUACCAGUAGCAGUUCUACUGCUGCUUCCAAUAUCUUCUCUGCAGUAGAGGAACUCAUCUUUGAUAGUGACUUUCCCAGACAUGACACCACUGUUUCCACUGUGAAAGACCAGACCACUCAGGUUCUUACUGCCACAAGUCCCACUGAAUUGCCUCCAGCCACAGAGGUGCCUGCACCCCCAGCUGAUGCAGACAGUGUUGCUGGUGCUGUGGAGGACCUUCAAAGAUCAGUUUCCUCCAAGGAGCCCCCUGAAGGUCCACUCCUGACCUCAGAGCUCAGACCAGAGGACUCUGUGGAGGACAUUCUCAGCAUGCCCUCUAGCAAUGGGCAGCUCCAGCGCACAGCUACGGACUUCUACGCCGAACUGCAGAACUCCUCUGACCUGGCUUACAUCAAUGGCAAUGGCAACCUGGUGCACGGUUCAAACCAGAAGGAAUCUGUGUUUAUGAGGCUCAGCAAUCGCAUCAAAGCCUUAGAGAUGAACAUGUCUCUCAGUAGUCGUUAUUUAGAAGAGCUCAGCCAGAGGUAUCGAAAGCAGAUGGAGGAGAUGCAGAGGGCCUUCAAUAAAACCAUAAUUAAACUCCAGAACACCUCAAGGAUUGCAGAGGAGCAGGACCAGAAACAGACAGAAUCUAUCCAGCACCUACAGAACCAACUGGGGAAUGUCACUCAGCUAGUGCUGAACCUUUCAGCCACUGUCUACAGUCUGCAGAAAGAGGUGUCUGACCGGCAGUACUACUUGGUUGUGUGUCUGGUCCUUUGUGUGUGUCUGUGGCUGGUGCUGUGUGCCCAGUGCUGCCGGGGCACCAUCCAGCCACCGUCAGGUCCUGGUGACACUAUCCCUCAGACCAGUAGCUACCCUAGCCCCAAGAGGUGUUUCUCUUCAUAUGAUGACAUGAGUGUUAGGCGGAAGGUACCUUGUCCUCUGGUGCGUUCAAAGUCAAUCCAGCUUCCGACUACAGAUGUAGGUCCCAAUGACUUGUACAUUGUCGAACCUCUGAAGUUUUCACCGGAAAGUAAAAAGAAGAAGCGUUGCAAGAUGAAAGCAGAGAAGGUUGAAGCAACAAAACCUUCCGGCCCAAGGCCGACCAUCGCCAAUGGAGGACUGAAGUGCAAUGGCACUGGCCCACCAUACGCUCUCCCCCCACCACUGGGAGGAGUGGAUUCAUCCACUUUCAAGGACCCCUCGUCUGAGGGCAGCUCGGAAGGCUCGUCCCAUUCGGAGGACUCCUACUUCUGUGGGAUAUCGGCCUGCACGCGGCUGUGUGACAGCCAGGUGCUACUGAGGACAAGGGUAGAAAAGCGGGCCUUCAAACGGCGGCGCUCCAGGUUGGCAGAAGGGAGCGAACACUCAGGUGUACUGGUGCCACCACGUGUGGAAACUCUUCCUGCACUGCGGAACCUCAAGAAGGGAGGCAGUGAUGUCAGUGUGGGUGCAUUCCAGGCAGCAGCUGUUUCAGGACCUAUUUGAUGCCUACCAUCUUCCUCCUUGCCAGGCUUGCUUGUCUUUACAGACCCAGUUACUUUCAUCUCCUACAGGAAAGAGGUGUGGACUUGAAUUGGUCUCCAUGAGCUGCAACUCACUGGGGCAAGAGUGUCAUGGGGAGAAGGGGUGCGGGAGUUGGAGUGACAUGGCAAACUAAUUUUGAGAUGUUAACUCCGCCUUUCUCAAAAUGCCCGUAAUUUACGUGCCUUUCGCUCUCAGUUUCUGUUUUUCACAUAUUUAAUGGCAACUUUUUCCAGAGUAACCUUUGGGUAGCGCCACAAAUUGGAUUGACCCAGUCCUUACUGAAAACUAAACACUAGGACUUCUGUUUAGAGGACCACCAGGGUCUUCACGAACCAUGUUAGAACAAACUGAAGGUGUGAAGUGGCAUAAAUUCAGGUUGUCUGACAUAACUGUUCUGCUUGCUUUCCCAGUGUGAAAUGGCAGAUGUAGUGGAGUUCAGUAACCUAGUCAUGCACCUUCCACAUUCUGCAGUCCAUAAAUGUCAGUUACGCUCUUUUGAGCUGUGGCACCACCAGUGCAUAGGUUGUCAGACCAAGUGCAACUCUCCUCCCUAAUUAUCAUUUGGCCCGGUUGUGGUCUGAAGCUACUUCUGUCAAUUGAUGCCAUACUGACUCUCUCAUAUCUGUUGUUCACACCUUCUAUAGAAUCAUAAACAUAUGUCCAUUCUGUAACUCCAUAAUAGACAGAGCUGGAUCUUUGUCCUGUGUCUAAUAUUUUAGAGUAAUUCACUUUUACUGGUUUAGUAGAACCUUCUACAUUGUAGCAAACAGUAAUUACACCUCAACAAAUUCAUAACAGCCUGAGGACUUUUUGGCUGCUUACCUUGCCUUUGUACCUUUUCACUGCAUACUUUUAUUCAAGGUGAUAUUUAUGGGGAUGUUUUGCUUUUAUGAAUUGGUUUCCAGAUAUUCUAGAUUGUUAAAUUUAACAAUUAUUUCAUAUAGGUGUGUGCUGCCAGUCCUUCUGACUUGCCACUGCAUAAACACAAUCAUUCCAAGCACAGGCUUUUUUUUUUCUUUUUUUUCUUUUUUAAAAUAAAUAUGCCCAAGCUUGUGCAGUCAGUUUAUAUUUACCAAUUUCAGCAGCGACCUGUAUUCUUUUUUGGUGUAAUAUGAAUAGCUGCCCAAAUCAGCUACUGAAUAAUUCAUCACCUGCUCUUGUCAGAGCUAUCAUGUUUUUACCUUAAUGGGUUCCAGCAAAUGAAGAUGGGUUCAGAGGUCCAAAAAAGUAGAAACCAGGAUAGAGCAGUGCAGAGUAGACUGCUGUCACACAAAGAGUACAGUUUUAAUGUAUCCAGCAAUUCUUAGAUUCAUCUCUCAAAAACUGCAAGAACUUGCAGCUGCAUUCAUAAUAGGCCGAGGUAAUUAUUGCUGUUGAUUCCCAUUUUUUACCCCAAAGGGAGCCUAGGACUUUAUAAUGGAGACCUUCUUUGUCAAAAAUGGAAGAAGUGCUCUCACUCAGAGCAGGGACUUAAAUGUGAUUGUAUAACUUUAAAAAAACUGGUACAAGGGUGUAGUAUUUAUAAGAUUGUGUAAAUUUAGAUUGAGGUAAAGUUGUAGAUGUUUUAUAGAGUAAACAUUCUAAUACUAAUUUAUACAAAUAUUACUCUUAUGCACUGAGUGUGCAAUUUUUAUGUACCUUACCUUUUUUGUUCACUUUGCCUUCAAAGUGGUUUUCCAAACUUUUUGAGACCCUAUUAUUGGAGUAUAUCUAUUGUCGAGGAAGAGGUUUCCUGCUUUUUGUAAUCAGUUGCACAGGACUACUGAUAGGGGAGCAACUGUAACUACAGAAAUGUAGUGCUGUCAGACUGUGAAUUUCUAAAUAAAUACUUCCAUUCUGCUAUGCCUUCACAUUUAA